UAAAUAUUAGUAAUUAUUAUUACUAAUUUAAUUUUUUAUAAUAGGAGUUUCGGCAGCUCGUUAAUAAUAACUAUUAACCCUUCGACAGCUAAGCAGCGUUUUUUAUCCUAUUCUUCCCAUGAUUACAAUCAAUUUUUUGUGAUACUGUUUUGUUUAGUGUUCAUUCAAGACAUUCCGUUUCAUAUCUAUUUCAUUAUAUUUUUGUAUUUCUUACCAGAUAGAUUUUCUAUCCAAAAAACAGUAAUCCAAAUAAUUAGCGGACUUGUAUUUUUUUAUUCUAAUUAUUUCUAUUAAAUUAUUAUCUCAGAAUAAAUAUUUGAGAUUGUCCUAAAGUUGGAUGGAAUUGAUCAGUCAUGUCGUUGAAAGAAGAUAUUUUUAAUGUUCUUGAUAAUAAACCGAAUAUUUCAAAUCUUCAAAAAUUUAUUAGAAAUGUUAAUGUAAAAUGUUUGCAAACUCUGGAAGACUUGAAAAAAACAUGUGAUAAGUUGGGUAUAAAAUUUGUUGGUUAUUCCAAAGACAUGUUUAAAGUUGAUCUUAUUUUAGAUGAUGAGGUUAUACAAAAUCAAAAGUUUUAUUUUGUUAAAUGGCGAGGGCAUAGUAAUAAAUAUAAUUCUUGGGAGCCUGCCAGCCGAUUAACUGACUCUGAAGACUUACUUUCUUAUUAUUCUUAUUUAAAUAGUCCACCUGCAGUAUUAUCUGAAGAAAUUAUUUUAUAUUUCAUUAAGGAUUUAAUGAUUCGUGAACCAUAUGAUAUUUUAACUAUUACCAAACUUUAUGCAUUGAUUUAUGGAUUUGAUGAAGAAUACAUUGAUAGUUUAGGUUUAACUUUUGCUGAUCUUAAAAGAAAAAUUUUGAAAGAUUUUACUAAUUCUGUGAACAAAUUGUGUGAAAUCAAAGAUGAAUUAUUAUAUGUGAUGAAAUUUUCUGAAAAAAGAAAAGCUGUUCUAUCAAGACUGAAAGAAUGGGAAAUUGAAAUAAACUCUAAUUCUUCAGUGCAUGUGAAGGUUGAAAAUAAUGUUGAUCUCACUGGACCUCCUGGCAAUUUCCAAUUCAUCAAUAAUUAUAUUAGUACUUGUGUUGACCUGACUGAGAAUCCUGUUGUAUUUUGCUCUUGUGUUGAUUGCUAUGAAAAUCAAAUGGAAUGUUGCUCUUAUAAUUUAGAUGGCAAUUUUGCUUAUAAUAAGAAACAGUGCCUUCAACUUCCUACAGGUCAUCCAAUUUAUGAAUGUAACAAACUAUGUAAGUGUGAUAAAAAUUGUAUAAAUAGAGUUGUUCAACAUGGUCCAAAAGUCAAAGUAGCAAUUUUUAGAACUAAAAAUGGAUGUGGUUGGGGUCUAAAAACCUUAGAAUUCAUACAGAAAGGUCAAUUUGUAUUGGAAUAUCUUGGCGAAAUUAUUACAUCUGAGCAAGCUGAACAAAGAGGAGAAGUGUAUUUUCAUCUUGGUAGAACUUAUUUGUUUGAUAUGGGCUUUGAGGGAGAUUGUUAUUAUACUAUUGAUGCCAUGCUUUUUGGAAAUGCUUCACAUUUUAUAAAUCAUUCCUGUAAUCCAAAUUUGGCUACAUACUCUGUAUGGAUUAAUCAACAAGAUCCCAAGUUACCUAGAAUAGCAUUGUUUGCAAAGAAAAAGAUUCAGCCUGGAGAAGAAUUGACAUUUGAUUAUAAAAUAAUGGUUACUCCUUGUGAAUAUGAUGUGUAUGUUCCUAAAGAGGACCUAAUACUUUGCAAAUGUAAUUCUAAGAAUUGCAGAAAGUAUUUAUCAUAACAUUACAUAUGUAAAUGCAAUGAUAAUUGUAUUAACAAAGUCAUUCAACAUA